AUGGCGCUCGGCGGGGUCGGGCGCGGCGCGGCGCGGGCCGCUUGGCCGCGGCUGCUGCUGGCGGCGGCGGCGGCGGCGCUGGCGCUGGCGGGGCCGGCGCUGCCCGAGGUGCUGUUCCGCUGCCCGCCCUGCACGGCGGAGCGCCUGGCCGCCUGCCCCCCGGCCGCCCGCCCGCCCUGCCCCGAGCUGGUGCGGGAGCCGGGCUGCGGCUGCUGCCCGGUGUGCGCCCGCCUGGAGGCCGAGGCGUGCGGUGUCUACACGCCGCGCUGCGCCGCCGGCUUGCGCUGCUACCCCGACCCCGGCGCCGAGCUGCCCCUGCAAGCCCUGGUGCAGGGACAGGGCACCUGCGCCCGCCGCCGCGACACGGCCGAGUACGGCGCCAGCGCCGAGCGCCCCGCAGAUAAUGGUGAUGACCGGUCUGAGAGCAUUCUUGCUGAGAACCACGUGGAUGGCACCGUGGGGAUCCUGAGUGGAGCUGGAGGGAGGAAGCCCAUGAAGACGGGCAUGAAGGAGCUGGCAGUGAUGAGGGAGAAGGUGAACGAGCAGCAGCGGCAGAUGGGCAAAGUCAGCAAGGUCCAUCACAACCAUGAGGACUCCAAAAAGUCACGGCUAUCGACGGGCAGGACCCCUUGUCAGCAGGAGCUUGAUCAGGUCCUGGAACGCAUAUCCACCAUGCGGCUGCCAGAUGAACGAGGGCCCCUGGAGCACCUCUACUCCCUUCACAUCCCCAACUGUGACAAGCAUGGCUUGUACAAUCUCAAACAGUGCAAGAUGUCAGUGAACGGGCAGCGUGGCGAGUGCUGGUGCGUGGAUCCCAUCCACGGGAAGGUGAUCCAGGGUGCACCCACCAUCCGCGGAGACCCCGAGUGCCACCUCUUCUAUACAGCCCACGAGCAGGAGGACCGGGGAGCACAUGCCCUGCGGAGCCAGUAGACAGAAGUGAUCUUGCUGGCUGGAGGUGGCUCACUGUGGCCCCAGUGCUGGAUUUUACAUGGGUUUCAGCGUGUCUCUUUAGGCUCUGGAAGAGACUGGGUGCUGCCCUCCUUCCUCAGCUGCCUGGUUCCUGGGGAGGGGAGGGAUAGCGGGAGGGGAAGGCGGUGGGGGAUUUACAAGGAGAAGGGACUGCUUUCUUAGUCUUUCACCCAACAUAAACCAGAGAACUGGUCUUUUUUGCUCCUCAUCCUGCAGCCCUGCCCUCCCUGCAGCUUUGCGGCAUCUUUCUGCACCCUCCAGCAGAGAGAGCCAUAUGCUCCCUGACCCCUCCCAGGGGACAAACUCCUGUGCUAUGAGUGGGAGAGGGUAAAAAAACUGAAAGAGCCCAGCCUUUCCCCCUCUUUUUCUCUCUUCCCCAAGACCAAAGACUGUAAAUACUGUCACCUGCCUCUUGUGUCCUGCCAGUCAGUCCCUUGUGCCCCAGCCCAACCAUCAGUCAUGGCAUGGGAUGUGGUGUGGGAGGGAGGGAAGGAAGGAAGACCCCUGAUUCCCUGGGGACUGGAACAUACCACCACAGUUGGGAUGUGUUCCCCAAGGAAGCAAUGGUGAGGGAAAGGGCUAAAGAUGAGACAGCUGCCACCUUGCCCCCUAACAAGACUCUUGGGUGCUUCCUUUGCUUGUGCUGGGGUACAACCAACUCCACAGGGAUGCAGCUUCAGCCACUGGUCUGGGAGCAUGGGGCCUUUGGGUGAUAGCAAAGCUAAAUGCUUUUUUCCAAGGGAUUUGAAGGGCUUUUGCACAGUAUUUCUUAGGUCAGCUUAUGCCGAGGGAGCUAAAGUGAACUUGCUGAGGCUGGGUGGAAGGAUGCGUGUGUAGAUUUAGGAUAACAAGCCAGGGAAUGUCUCUCUCUCUCGCAUUCAUUAUUUCUUUAUUUCUAGAUAGGAAAAAACAAAACAUCUAAACCCUGCAUUCUCAAGCAGCUGCCCUUGUCCCUCCAUUUUCGCUUGGGACUGAAGUGAGCAUCUGUUAUUCAUCACAUAACUUUUUCUUUUUGUAAGUAAAUUACAGUAUAUCUCUUGCUUUGUAAAGGCCCUCACACACACACACAUACACACACACUCUUCUGCCCACAUACACAUUUGUUUAGAUGAAAUCCAAGUGAUUCCAGGUGCUCUGAGAGGUUUUGUGCUGGACAUGCUGAGGAGAGAUGUCUGCUGUUAAUUCACCUGUUGAUUUCUUUCUGUACAGAACACACUGAUGCUGAGAAUAAAUAACUUCCCCAUUGCCUAA